CAAUCCCCUCCCGCCACGUCGCCAUCGUCAAAAUUCGGAGAUCCAAAAAAAAUUCGUGGCUGGAAAAUAUAAGCGGCGACGCGUCCCCUCCGCUCCAGGAUUCGUGAAAACAGCGUUUACAACAAAACCUCCAUUCUUUCCCUCCUCUCUCUCACCUGCUCUGUCCCUCCCUCUCCUGCUCCGUCUGCAUCCUUCCCAAAUUUGACAGCCUGCUCUUCAUGAAUUCAAGAACUUCUGAAGCAUCCGUGUUUUCCUGUAAAUCGGGAAACAAGAAUAACCUCUUCUUCGUCUGGAUUUUGUUCUGUUUAUUGCCAAAGUUCCUAGGAACCCCCUUUGCAAUUGUGAACUUGGCAAUUGACAGGUGUCCGUCUAGAGCACUGGCCGUUGAGACUUUUGGAUAGGUAAAUCGAUAGCAGGGAUCAAUUCAAGGGUUUUUCACUGAAGUUUGCAUCCCUGCUCUAUACUUGAAAACAUGGUUUCCUCUCAGCUACCUGGUUUAACCAAGGCCCACAUGUGCAAACCAAUUCAGACCCAGUUGCUUUUUUCCAUGGGAACAGUGGAUGCUGCAGUUUCAGAUCACCUCGAGCUUGAUUUUGAUGAUGUAUUUGGCCCUCUACCAGUUCAGGCUUCAGUAGAAGUGAAUGUGGCUAAUUCUGCCUCGAUUGAAGAUGCAACUGAUCUUAUUUAUGACGAUCCAGUGGUUAUUCACAACCGAUCACAUUCUUUGGUUGGCCCCUCAUCGUUUGUAAACCAAUCAUUGAAGCUCAGCAAACUGACCAUAAAUGACACAGAAGAUUCAGUGGAACUGGUAGAGUGUGUCAAUGGAGACACCAUCAAAGAAUUUCAGGAACCUUUUAUUGGUGUCGAUGAAAAGCCUCUUGAAGUUAUUGAUGAAAACCCCAUGAAGAUCGAGAGUGUAGGCAUUGAAGAUUUUGAGGUUUUGAAAGUUGUUGGGCAGGGUGCAUUUGCAAAAGUAUAUCAGGUGAGGAAGAAGGGGACAUCAGAAAUAUAUGCAAUGAAGGUCAUGCGAAAGGACAAGAUCAUGGAGAAGAAUCAUGCCGAAUACAUGAAAGCUGAGAGGGAUAUUUUAACAAAAAUUGAUCAUCCAUUCAUUAUCCAACUUAGAUACUCAUUUCAGACCAAAUAUAGACUAUAUCUUGUGCUGGAUUUCGUUAAUGGUGGUCACCUCUUCUUUCAGCUCUAUCACCAUGGCCUUUUUAGAGAGGAGCUGGGACGAAUAUAUGCUGCUGAGAUUGUUUCUGCGGUUGCUCACCUCCAUGCAAAUGGAAUAAUGCAUAGGGAUCUUAAACCUGAAAAUAUCCUUUUGGAUGCAGAUGGCCACGCCAUGUUGACUGAUUUUGGUCUUGCGAAGCAACUUGAAGAGAACACAAGAUCUAAUUCUAUGUGUGGAACCGUAGAAUACAUGCCACCCGAAAUAGUUCUUGGAAAGGGACAUGAUAAGGCUGCAGACUGGUGGAGUGUGGGAGUCCUAUUGUUUGAGAUGCUUACUGGAAAGCCUCCUUUUACUGGGAACAGGGAGAAAAUUCAGCAGAAGAUAGUUAAGGAAAAGAUCAAGUUGCCUUCCUUUUUGUCAAGUGAAGCACAUUCACUGUUGAAAGCGCUGCUGCAGAAGGAUCCAACCAAGCGCCUCGGUCGUGGGCCUUUGGGGAGUGAGGACAUCAAGCGCCACAAAUGGUUCAAGCCAAUAAACUGGAAAAAACUGGAGGCUCGGCAAAUCCAACCAAGCUUUCGCCCAGAUGUUGCCGGGAGGCACUGCAUCGCCAAUUUUGAUAAGUGCUGGACCGACAUGUCAGUUGUGGAUUCCCCAGCCGCUAGCCCGAAUGCUGCUGGAAACCCCUUCACAGGCUUCAGUUAUGUUAGGCCGGUCUCCUCUUUUCUCCAGAAGUAGACGACAUUCGCUAGCGUGCGUUGUCCCAAGAUGCAAGUUUUUCGACCUUUCUUAUCCUUUCCCUUGUAGAAUCUUCUUAACUAUGAACUUAUGUAAGUUGCUUGAAAGCAGCAUCCGGGAGAGAGAUUUCCUUAAGCAGUCCUCUCUUGAGAUUAGACAAAUAUGAAAUCUUUGCAGACACAUUUCAUUUGCUGAAUUCUGAAUUCUGAAUGUUAGCAUUUUACUUUUUAU